AUGCUACCACUGCAUGCGGCACAGCAGGAAAAGAUGAACCGGCAUGGGUAUAGUGGUGCCAACGGCCACGCAGGCAGUAAUGGCGCAUACCCCAUGAGUCCGACUUUUGUCGAGUCAAGAGGCAGGACGUUCAGCAUACGGCCGGACAAAUACCAACCGCGAAAUGCACGGAACACGCUACAACGGCGGAAAGGCCUACUCAUGCGACUAGGAGGUGUUCUUGGUGUCAUAUUGUUCAUUCUCAUGAUCUUCUUGCCAUCAUUACGACCGACCACGCUAUUACCGGCAUUGUCACUUUCGCUUCUCGGCGGCAACAGCGAAGCUUUCCAAAUAGAGACGGUUCGCUACUACGACCUCGCCAACGUCGGCGGCACAGCAAGAGGCUGGGAACGCGAAGAGCGCAUCCUCUUAUGUGCACCGCUCCGAGAUGCCGCACCGCAUUUACCCAUGUUCUUCAGCCAUCUCCGCAACCUCACCUACCCGCACAACCUCAUUGAUCUGGCCUUCUUAGUCGGCGACAGCAAAGAUAAUACCAUCGAGCUCCUGAGCAACCUCCUCGCCGACCUCCAAGCCGCCCCAGACUCCCGCCAAGCCUUUGGCGAAAUCAGCGUGAUCGAGAAAGACUUUGGGCAAAAAGUCAACCAAGACGUCGAAUCGCGCCACGGCUUCGCCGCCCAAGCCUCCCGCCGCAAGUCCAUGGCCCAAGCGCGCAACUGGCUGCUCUCCGCCGCCCUGCGCCCAACGCACAGCUGGGUCUACUGGCGCGACGUCGACGUGGAAACGGCCCCCUUCACCAUCCUCGAAGACCUGAUGCGGCACAACAAGGAUGUCAUCGUCCCGAACGUCUGGCGUCCGCUCCCGGAUUGGCUCGGCGGCGAACAACCCUACGAUCUGAACAGCUGGCAGGAAUCCGAGACCGCGCUCGCCCUCGCCGACACUCUGGAUGAAGACGCCGUCAUCGUCGAGGGCUACGCGGAAUACGCCACUUGGCGCCCUCACCUCGCCUACCUCCGCGACCCCUACGGAGACCCAGACAUGGAGAUGGAAAUCGACGGGGUCGGCGGCGUGAGCAUCCUGGCCAAAGCCCGCGUCUUCCGCUCCGGCGUCCACUUCCCCGCCUUCUCCUUCGAGAAACACGCCGAAACGGAAGGCUUCGGCAAAAUGGCCAAGCGCAUGCAAUAUUCCGUCGUCGGCCUCCCACACUACACCAUCUGGCAUCUGUACGAGCCGAGCGUGGACGAUAUCCGGCAUAUGGAGGAGAUGGAGCAGGAGCGGGUGGCGAGGGAGGAGGAGGAGAGGAAGAGACGCGAGCGGGAGGAGAAGAUCAAGACGCAGUUUGAGACGCAGGAGGGCGGGGAGCAGUGGAAGGCGGAUAUUAAGGCGGUGGAGGAGGCGAGGGCAAGGGCCGAGGCGGCCAGGCGCGAAGCGGAGAUGGAGAGGGCGUUGGCGGAGGCGGAGCCGAGUGUGAAUGCUGCUGUUGGUGGUGGGGAGGAGAGGGAUAGCGUGACGGGGGAGACGAGGGAGGGUGUGGGUGCGAGUGCCGGUUCAAAUGCGGGUGGUGAAGUGUAG